AUGAAGUACACAACAGUGCUCCAAGCAGCUGCAACAACAGCUCUUUUCACAGCCGGUGUUUCCGCCAUUAGCCCUGUCGCUAGGGCGAUCGCUCACCUCCAGCCUCUCGAGAACGCUGAAGAUGUUGCCAACAGAAUACAUUUCAAGGAGAGGAGGGCGAUUAAGCACGUCAAACCACUCGAAGACGCAGAGGCCGUUUCUCAAAGGCUUACAUUCGACAAGCGAUCUGUCCUAGAGAGCGCUAUCAAACAUACUGCACCUCUUGCAAAUGCCGAGGACGUCUCGCAAAGAAUAACAUUCGAAAGGAGACAUGACGCCGUCGCAAGACCGAUCGAACAAUUUAAACACCUAGAAAAGAGGAAAGGUGGCGGCGGUGGUGGAAGGGGGGGUGGCGGUGGUGGUGGUGGUGGAAAGUCUUCUUCUGGAGGUAAGAGCUCUUCCGGAGGAAAAUCUAAAACUUCAUCUGGUGGCAAGUCGUCUUCCGGCGGUAAGUCGUCUGGCGGCUCGUCCUGGUACAAAUCGUCAUCAGGAUCAGGUAGUAAAACUUCAAAAGGUAGCAAAUCUAGUUCCUCAGGAAGCAAAAGUAGCAAUAGUAAAGGCUACAAGACCUACGGUGGCCGAUACGGCGGUGGUUCGUCUACUGGAUACAAGUCAGGCGGCAGAUCCCCCCUAGGGUUGACUCCGUUCCUCCUCCCGCUCGCCGCAAUUGCUUUGAUUUUCCCUGGUCUCUGGCUUUACGCUGUUUACAGCUACCACUACAAUACUCUCUACCAGUACUACAAUAAUUCCCUCCAGGCCAUCCAGUCUAUUCCAGUCCAGUGUCUGUGCAUGCAGUACUCCGAUUGCGCUUGCGAUGACAACGGUAAUACCACUUUCAUUGACGAGCUCGUCGCCCUCAACCAAUCGAACACCACAAGAUUUGCUGUCGUCGACGGUGUCUGGACUCUGCUCAUCAACGGUACUGUCGAAAAUGGAACUGGUCCCGCGGCAGGAGAGACUGUAGGCGCGGGUUCCCAUCUCAAUGCCCUCGGCUACCUCUGGAUGGUCGGCUUCACCUUCUAUAUGGUCUAUACCAUGUAA